AUGGAUCGACGAAUUCUAUGCGAUAGUUUAAUCAAAUGGAUGAAAACAUUGAAUCUCAAUCGAACAAUCAAUGGAGCUGUAGACCUGAGCGAUGGAGUCUCGAUUGGCUUAUGUUUGAAAAAUAUUGAUGGAAAUCAUUUCAACGAGAAUUGGUUACAAAAGAUUCGUAUAGAUGCUGGAGAUAAUUAUCGAAUCAAAGCAAAUAAUUUGAAGAAAGUUCUGAAGAAUAUCACAGAUUAUUAUUCCGAAGUACUUGGUCAAUCUCUUGUUGAUUUUCAAAUGCCGGAUUUGAACAUGAUCGCUGAAAGCACUGAUGAAACUGAACUCAGUCGAUUACUUCAACUUGUUCUUGGUUGUGCGGUUAGUUGUGAUCGUAAACAGAUCUACAUCGAACAUAUUAUGUCGAUGGAAGAAUCUGUUCAACAUGUGUUGAUGAAUGCUAUACAAGAAUUGAUGGUCAAAGAGAAUCGAAAGAAUAAUGAAGAAUACUCGGAGUUAGGAGAACAGUUGAAACAUGCGUUGGAAGAACUAAACCGAGUUGUGGAAGCCAAAGAGGAAAUUGAAAAUCGUUGUCGCGAAUUGGACUUACAGAUAUCUACACUUCAAGAUGAAAAACUUGGUUUAAUACAAGAAACAGCGCAAUUACACGAACGUAUACAACAAUUUGAGAAUGCCGAUGAUUCUGAUUCUGUUGCGAAAUCUCGUUAUAAAACUCUACAACAACGAAUCGAAUCUCAACAGGAAGAAAUUUUCAAACUGGAAACAGCUGUGCAAGAUUAUAAAGCAAAAUUCGAUGAUUUACGCGAAGAAAACGAAAGUCUUCUCAAACGGAAUGAUGAUCUCAUGGUUCUCGCGAGUGACGCCCGAAAUUUCAAAGAUGAAUUAGACAUUCUUCGAAAUAAAUGCGAAAAACUGACAAAGUUAGAAGCGACAAUUGAUACGUAUAAAGUCAAACUAGAAGAAAUGGCCGAUCUUCGUCAACAAAUCAAAUAUCUAGAAGAAACGAACUUACGCCUAUUUGAUGAAAAGUCCAAUAUCGAACAGGAAUACAAACAAGCGAAAUUGUUGCAAACGCAAGUGGAAUUUCACAAACGAACAAAUCAAGAAUUGUAUCAGAAAAUCAGCGAAUUACAACGGUUGGCUGAUAAAGCUGAAUUCGAAAGAAAUCGAACUGAAGAGAAACUCAAUGUUAUCACCGCAGAGAAAUCCAAUUUAAUGAAUGAAAUCGAAUUAUUGAAAGAAACCAAUGAACAAUUACAAGCUGUGAACCUGAACGAAGUAACCGAAGGAAUCAAUUCCAAGGAUCAAUUAACUGGCUCAUUAGAAGAUCUGAACUUCUUCAAUUUACCCGUCGAUGUUCGUGAACGUUUCAUUCGUUUACAACAUGAGAAUAAGAUGCUGAAACUACGUCAAACGGAAGAGAAUAACAACGAACAACUGCUACUUAUUCAAGCCAAUUGUGACCACUUGAAAGAUCAAAACAAUCAAUUAACAAACGACCUCUGGAUGGCAAAUCAAAAGAUACUUGAGUUGGAAGCAACGUUGAAAGAUACAACAUCUUUAGCAGCGAAUACAAGUGAAAUAACUGAUCUGAAGAAAUCACUUAAUCGAGCAAUGGCUCGUCACGAUGAAGAAUCGGGUCGAUCAAAGAUGUUAAUCGACGACUUACAGAGACGAUUAGAUGCUUCAGAAAAACAAUUAGUCGAAAAGGAGAAAAUGAUUGCAACAAAAACAACGGAAAUCAGCGCUAUGGAAGAACGAUAUGUUCAAUAUCUGGAAAAAGCGAAAAUGAUUCUACGUCAAAUGGAUCCGCGAAAUACCAACUCCAUCGGCAAUCAAGAAUUGCAAUUAUUACGAAAACAAAUUGAUGAGAAAGAUCGCCGGUUGAAAGAACUUGAUAAAGAAUAUGAAAAAAUGAAAGCAAUUAAAGAAGAUCAAGAAAAGCUACUAAUCAGUGCAUGGUAUUCAUUGGGUAGUACCUUCCAACGGCGAGAGUUUGAAGAACGCUUAAAAUCUCAUGAAAACCAAUCGUUUCUCUCCAAACAACGUAAUAUUCCUUCUGCACGUAAACAACUUCCAUCUGAUCCGUCCACGAAUCAAAUUAGAUACCAACGUUGUUAUUUGAUGGUCGCACAACGUUGCCUUUCAACGCCGCCAUCAGCAUCGACAAAAGCGAAACAGAUAUCUGCUCUACCUGUUGGAACGGGCUUGAGUACAGUUGAGUCGCCGAACAAUCUCCCGAUAAUGUAUGUUCCAAGUUUAAUGACACGCAUAAAAAUGAAACUCGGCCUUCAAGGAGAUCUUCGUGAACCGCAGAAGGUUUUGUACCAAGCAGCGGCGAUCUCAUAUUACAUGAUUGCGUCAUCAGUGGAUUACGAUGCCAUACAACGUGAACUUAAUAUGCCAGAUGUCUUUGCGUCCUUUGGAAGAGUUGUUUUUCUACACAUCUGGCUUAUACUGGUUCGUUAUAUACAACUAGGGCCAUCCGGUGUCUAUCUACGUCGGCAUUUAGCUCGUACAAUGUGGACGGAUCUGGAUAUGCGUGCGCAACAAAUUCUUCCCGGUCAAGCGAAAGUUCGUCGUUCACAAUUCGAUGAAUUGCGUGCAGAAAUGAAUGCGUUUAUGUUAGCAUUAGACGAAGGUCUGGUCGAUGACGAUACUGUUCUAGCAGCAGCUGUAUGGAGACAUCUGUGUUCUUCGCAACCGACUUCGCUGGAUCGUCUUGCUAAUAUUGUAACAUACAUACGCAAAAAUGUUCGUCAUUUAGAGCAAUUACCGGAUGAGAAUUUUUUGAAAAAUGGUUAUAUCUAUUUUCUACCAAUGCACAGUGAUACAGUUGAUACGAAAUUUGUAAAUCAACACUAUUUGGACUUUAAAAAUAAAGCGGGAGGAUUGAUGGCGAAUACGUUCGACAGGUUGACAGAAGAAGCGUUGGCACAGAAUAUGGAAAAUGUUUUAGAAAUUGUAUGCAAAAUUGGCAAAGGGUCCUAUGGAUGUGUGUAUAAAGCAAAGCAUCGAGAGACAGGACAUUUGUUAGCAAUAAAACAAGUACCGGUAGAAAGUGAUCUGCAAGAAAUUGUCAAAGAAAUAUCUAUAAUGAAACAAUGUGAUUCGCCUUACAUCGUCAAAUACUUUGGGAGUUAUUUCAAAGAAUCUGACUUAUGGAUAGUGAUGGAAUACUGUGGCGCAGGCUCAGUUUCCGACAUAUUAAAACUUCGGGGGAAAACGUUGAAUGAACAAGAAAUAGCAGUGAUUUUGAAGUAUACACUCAAAGGAUUAGAAUAUUUACAUAUGUGCAGUAAAAUUCAUCGAGAUAUCAAAGCAGGAAACAUUCUCUUGACUAACGAUGGAAAUGCAAAGCUAGCUGAUUUCGGUGUUGCAGGACAAUUAACAGAUACGAUGGCGAAACGAAACACAAUGAUUGGUACACCGUUUUGGAUGGCACCUGAAGUAAUUCAAGAAAUCGGACAUGGUGUUCUCGCAGAUAUCUGGAGUUUAGGUAUUACUACGAUUGAAAUAGCAGAAGGAAAGCCUCCCUACAGCGAUAUUCAUCCGAUGCGUGCGAUUUUUAUGAUUCCAUCACGACCACCUCCAACAUUCAAAGAUAUGUCUCGAUGGACGCCAGCCCUAAAUGAUUUUGUUUCGAAAUGUCUCGUAAAAAAUCCUGAUGCACGAUCAACGGCAACUGAAUUGAUAAAACAUGAAUUUAUUCGUAAUGCAAAGGACAUAAGUAUUCUACGACAUAUGAUCGACGAAGUUCGUGAAAUUCAGGAACGUCAUCGAUCAACACUACCCGUCAAUUCUACAAUGUUCCCACAUGGUAUUCUAACCGAACGUCCAUUUGGAAGUGAUGGAACGUUAACAAAUGCCAAUAAUCAAGGUGGUUCGAUCUUUCCUGAGAAUCAACCGCCAACAUUAAUGAAUACUACUCGACAUGAUACGCAAAACGAUACUUUUCAAUCGAGCAGUUGCAAUACGAUGAUUGAAUUAUCAUCUGAAUCAUCGGAUACGAUGAUCAUCAACGAAAAUGGAACGGAAACAGAAAAUGACGCCGAUAGUCAACAAGAUACGUUAAAGAUCAGUAAUAAACCAUCAACGAAUUACAAAGCUCCGUUCGCCAAUGUCAACCAUUCGUCGAAGCGAACGGCAACCGAUAAAACCAAAGACGAUUUCAUGAAAAUUAUUGCACAAGAAGUUCGAGCGUACAAUAAGAAUGAAGAUGAUUUUAAACAUACCGUCGAGGAAUUUUCGGUGGAAGAAAUUGAACAACGUUUAGCACUACUCGACGAAAUUAUGGAAGUCGAAUUGCGCGAAGUUCAAAAUCGUUUUCAGUCGAAACGUAAACCGAUUUUAGACGCGAUCAAACUGAAAAAACAAACUCAAACUCAUCAUUAA